AUGCUCUCCUCCCCCGUGCGACCAGCGCCGCUCACGGCGCGGAGCUCGCUCGAUGACGGCGAGCUGGAUCCGUGGGCCGCGAGCGACGACGGCGGCGGCGGCGGCGAGAGCUCGGACCCCGAGACGAUAGUUGCGCGGCGACCACCAGCACCAACACCACCACCAAUAGCAGAGACGCUCGACCUGGACCCGGCGCUCGACCCGCCAGAUCCAGCACCGCGGCGGACCCCGAGCAACCUGAAGCUGCGCGGCAGCCCGCGGAUAGGAGGGCCAGGGGGACCAGGAGCCGCGUCGUCGUCGACGUUGCGGUCGCCGGCGCUGCCGAGCGCAAGCGCACCACGCACGCCGGCGUCGCCUGCCGCCUCGGCCCCCGGCGCGCUCGGCGGCAUGGGCAAGGGCGUGCCCCGCGCCACGUCGCACCCGCUCGCGCUGGACGAGCUCGCGCUCGGCCUGCGGAACGGGACGUUGGACGGCAAGAUUGCGUCGCUGCGCCUCGACGAGCGCGACGACGACGACGUGUCGGAUGUGUCGCGGCCCAAUCUGCGCCGGCUGACCAGCGAGAUGGACCGCGCGGUGGCCGAGAGCCAGGGGAGCAGCGCGAGCGCGAGCGAGCGGGGGAGCGUCGACCUGUUACGCGUUGCCGCGGAGGUCGAGGUGAUUGUGCAUCAGAUCAAGCAGGGCGAGUCGCUACCUGGCAUUGCAUUGCGCUACGGCAUCGAGCUAGGGACGCUGCGAAAGGCAAACAAGAUGUGGCCUUCGGACCCGCUGCAUCUCCGGACGCACCUGUACGUGCCCCUCGACGCGUGCAGGCCGACGGCGAAGGGCGACACGAUGGUGCGCGCCGGGGGGCAGGUGACGAUCGUGCCGCGGCGUGCGGGCGAGAACGGCGAGGGCAGCAGUAGCAGCGGCGCCAGCAACGGGGCAGGCUCGAGCGCCGCCGCUGCCGCGCACGACGGCGGCGUCACGCUCGAUAUUGUGCGGCUCCCGGCCUCGCAGCUGCGCUUCUUCCCGGGGCAGCGGCGCGAGCCGAGCGGGCGGCACAGCAGCCGGUCGCUCGACAACGAGGUGGGCCGGAGCGCGGACAGCGUGCGCGCGCUGAGCGCGACCGAGCGCGCGGCGCGGCGGCAGCGCGCGCGCACACACGCGGGCACGUUCAGCCCCGACGACCCGCUGCCGCCGCCGCCGGGGAAGAGCACGAAGCGCGUCGUGCGGCUGCGGCCGCCGCGCGAGCUCGCGCCUGCGCCUGCGGCGGGGGAGCAGAGCCUGGCCACGCGCCUGAGCAUGCUGUUCAGCGUCGCGCCGCCGCCGGCGCACCCCGCUGCCGCUGCGGCGUCGGCUUCGUCCCCCCGCGUGAGCUCGACGGGCGGCUCGCGCCCCACGUCGGGCGCAAGCACGCCGAGCUACCACCCCGCCGUGCCGGCCGUCGAGCUCGAGAUGGACGCGCGUGCCGUGCCGCGCCGGACGGAUGUGCGCCCAGAGGACCUGCGCCGCAUGGCCUCGGCGGGCGGGCACAUCAAGCCCCGCAAGCCGACUGACAAGAAGCGCGACUAG